AUGAAGAUGAAAGAAGUGAAAACAAAGAAAUCCAAAGAAUUAGAAGAUGAUGAUGAAUAUGAUUAUAUUAAAGUACCACCCGAUGGUGGCUUUGCCCCAUUGGCUUCUGCUCUCAGUAAUAAAUGGGGUUGUCGACCCAUCGGUAUGAUUGGUGGUAUCAUUGCUGCACUUUCAGUCGCUGCAUCAGUUUAUGCACCGAGUAUACGUUUCAUGUGGUUACUUUUCGGUUUUAUUGGUGGUAUAGGCAUGGGUCUUGUUUAUUUACCGAGUAUUGUCAUGGUUGGAUAUUAUUUCGAGAAAAAACGUGCCAUUGCUACCGGUAUUGUUACUGCGGGCACGGGUAUUGGUUCGAUUACAUUUGGACCAUUCUCACGCUUUUUAUUCGAUAAACUUGGCUGGAAAUACGGUCUUCUCAUUCUUGCCUGCAUACUGUCAGGCUGUGCUUUAUGUGCCGCAUUUAUGCGUCCUCUUAAACCAAUUCGAAAACGACGGAUUUUGGACCCGACACAACCUUCAGAUGCUAAUACUGAACCUGCUUCAUCGGAAGAUAUUCUCUAUCCUGGUAAUGUGCAACAACUCCCUGAAUAUCGAGCACAACCAGAUUUGGAAACAUAUGUACAAGAAACCACCAAAGUACCUGAGACAAAUAAACCAACCGCAAUGAAAGCAUUCUGGGAUACAUUUCUCGCUAUGACUAAUAUUAAUGUGUUAAAUGAUAAAAAGAUGAGUUUCAGUAAUACUGCUGUUCGUUUUGCUUCGGGUUGGUUAACAAAGAUUCCCUAUCUUACUCCAUUACUGGCCAAUAACCUCGGCUUAGCUAUUGCUGGUGUAGCCACAUUACUUGUUCCAUUCUGUAGUACAUAUCGACUUCUGGUCAGUUACUGCAUUGUUUGGGGUGGUGCUAUCGGUACUGUUCAUUGUUCCAUAACGAUUCGAUUCAUACCAUUCUCUCUUCCUUAGCUUUUCAUAUUUCUCUUACUCCAGUCAUUGUCUGUCAAUUGGUUGGUCUGGAAAAGUAUAGCAGUGCAUUGGGUUUAGUUUUUAUGUUCCGAGGUAUUGCUUCGUUGAUUGCUCCACCAGUACGUUUUUACGAUUAUUUUCUCUUCUCAAAAUGCAUUUAUCUAUUUUAUUUAGAUUAUGGGUGCGAUUCAAGAUUACACAUCAAGUUUCAAUGUUCCAUUUGUCAUUAGUGGUAUUAGCUUUAUAGUUAGCUCUCUUCUUCAUUUCGUACUCAUGGCUUUUACUCGUCAGUCAACGACAAAAUCGAAGGAGAAGAAGAAGGUAGAGGUUAUCGCCACAACGACCAAUGUGUAACCGUCUUCUACUAUCAUCAAUCAUUUUCAAAAACAGUUUAUAUUCUCUUCCAUUCAUUAUCCAUAUAGCGUCAAUAACCUGAUUCUUGAAACAUUCAUAGUUUAGUUUCUGUCUAGUAAUCAAAAUAGAUGUUUUCAUAUGUCUUUUCUCAUGAUAAUCAGUUCUUCAUUGUAAACUCGUUAUUCAUCAAUAAUGCCUUGAUACGCAGCUAGAAAAGGACUUAUGUUGGAAUUUUAUAAUCUGGUGGAGCAGCCGAAAACGAUAAGAAUCAGAGUGCAUAAUAGGAAGUAAACGUGAUACCAUUUAAAAUUUGAUAAGCUAUUUUCCCUCCACUUGAUACUUGCAAUUGAUUAAUAUAACCAUUCAUUGUAUAUUGUUCAUAUCGAGAAGAUUUUCAUUCAAUGAUGAGGAUGC